UGGAAGCAGGUUUCUCUCUCUUCUGUUUUUCCUUGUCUUUUUCAUUUUUAUUUUUUUGGAGCCAUCAUGCUGCAGCAAAUUUUGCGUGAUAUGUAUAUUGACCCUGAGCUCCUGGCAGAGCUGAACGAAGAGCAAAAGCAGAUCUUAUUCUACAAGAUGAGAGAAGAGCAGCUGAGGCGCUGGAGGGAAAGGGAAGAAAAGGCCCGAAUGGAGGAGGCUGUGCUGAGAAAGACAGCAAGGCGCAACCAGAGUAACGGCAAACGUGUGCAGUGGCUGCGGGGCAAGGAUGGUGAGGUCUGGGUCUGGGUGAUGGGAGAAGCCCCAGGGGACAAACCCUACGAGCAGAUCUCGGAGGAGCUCAUAGCAGAGCGGGCCAGGCUGCAGGCACAGAAGGAGGCAGAAGAGCUAUGGAGACAAAAGGAAGCUGAAAUAACAAAGAAAUUCCGUGAUGCUAUGGCUCAAGAAAAAGCCAGAAUAGUGGCAGAAAAAUGGAAAAUAGAAAUGGAGGAUCGGAAAGCAGCCAAACUGGAGGAAGAAAAAAUUCAGGAGGAACUGAAGAAAAGAGAAGAAGAGGAAAGACAGAAAGGUGAGGAACUAAUCAGGCAGCAGGAGGAAAUCCGGGCAAAGGAGCUGUACCUGAGCCUCAAGCAAGCUCAGCAGCACAGUCAGCACAGCGACGAUGACCAGGAGUGGGAAGAACAGUUGCGCCGCUCCAAGGCUGCCGACGAGGAGAGGAGCCACAAAGCGCGCAGGGCGCGGGACGAGUACCGACGGCAGUCCCUGCGUGCCAUCCAGAAGGGAAGAGUGGCUGGCCUGAGUCAUUUGUUCCAGGUGACAAACCUGAACAAUGAUCAGGAGAUCAAACUGAACAGCAACAGUGCGACUCCUUUGUCUCCUGCAGCAGCCAGUAACGUCUGGGAGCGCCCUUCUCGGCCCUUCUCCCGAGAUGUCAUCAUCCGCUGGUUCAAGGAGGAGCAGAUCCCUCGGCGGGCUGGCUUUGAGAGGAGCACCAACAGGAUUGCUCAGUGGUUCCAUGGCAUUAUCAGCCGUCAGGAAGCAGAGGAGCUGUUGAUGAAUAAAUCUGAAGGUGCGUUCCUGGUGCGAGUCAGUGAGAAAAUCUGGGGCUAUGCCUUGUCCUACCGCCAGCAAAACGGCUUCAAGCACUUCCUGGUGGAUGCUUCGGGAGAUUUCUACAGCUUCCUGGGGGUAGAUCCAAACCGACACCCAACGCUCACAGACCUGAUUGAUUUUCACAAGGAAGAAAUCAUCACGUCCUCAGGUGGGGAGCUACUCCUGGAGCCAUGUGGACAGCAGAAGAAUCCUCCAGACUACAGCCCUUUAUUUGAAUAACUGAUCCAGGACCAACAGGAAUGCAUUCUGGAUAGCUGUAGUAAUAGAUAGUUACAAAAGUAAACAAUGGAAGUAGUUAACCCACUUUCAAAGCCACUGGUCUUGUGGCCAAAAAAGUAUCCUCAUUAGGAGGCCUAAAACAUUUCUGGUUUGCAUCUGAAUUAUCAUCAUCAUUAUCCAUACUGCCAGCACUUGAAAGGUGAGAAAUUACCAGCAAAUUGCAAAAGAGGACUACUUCAAAAAAAUUUUCAAGGGGUUGUAGCCAAUUGCAUGGAAUGCUAAGUUCCUGUCCUAAUUUUCUCAUGUUUUAUACUGCAAGAAGCAUAGACAGGAGCCAUUCACAGAGUACUGUAUGAAGUAUCAGUGUUGCUGAACAGAUUCUGUGUUCCAAAGCAAGGUUUGACAGUUUCUGUUGACAAUUUCAUUACCCAGUGGUGCACUUUGAUGACAAGAGAAGCAGCCUUCAAACAUCCCUGUGAAGUUUGUGAUUGUGUAUGUAAUUAGGUGUAGCUUGAAAGUUGCCAUUAUGCUUUUGAAUUCAGGCCUACUAAGUUCCCCACAGCAGAGACAAAGGUCAAACACAUUUUAUUUACAUUUUCAUUAAGCCCAACAGCCUUGGAAGGAGGUUUACUCCUGUACAGUAAGGGGUCAGUCUGUUCUAAAGGAAACUGUUUGAUUUGCUGCAAUUCUCUCACUGGCCUUGUCAUGCUUUCCACUUUUAGAUGUGCAAGAGACACAGUGGAUAUUGCUAGCUUUACUUUGCUAUAGGACUGGGUAUUUUCCUUUUCUGAGUUAUGAGAGAGGGCUGGGCUGGUAUAUUUAUACAUAGAAAAGGUACAGUUAAUUGCAUUACCAUCGUGCUAUUUUUUGUGUAAAACCAAGAUGCACACAAUGUAUUCCUGAUCCAUUUACUACAAACAUUAACCCCCUGAAAAUUGAACAGAAGCCUAGAUCUGUGGAGCAGUUGCUUAGUCCUUGGACUAGAAAAAUAUUAAAACCUCAUCACAGUACACAUAGGCAAGGUACACUGAGCAUAUUUCUAGAAGCUACUGCUUUGGGCAGUCUCUGCGCCCUCUGUUCAAAAUCCAGGUGAGACCUCUCCUGAACGUCCUGUCUCCUGAACCCUUUCUCCUCAAACAGUCAUUUGACUCUUGACUCACUGUUACCUUCUGUACUCUGUCUGAUGAAGAUGGUAAAGACAACCAGGAAAAGAAACUUGUCUUAUCCAAGCCAAUAAAGCACACUAAACAUUUCAGGUGCUACAACAGUAAAUAUUUGUGGUAGUAAUAACAGUAUUUUUUAUGAUUAAUUUUAUGGCUAGCUCAUAUUAAAGUACAGAUUUUUGUACACAAGCUUCAUUCUUGGUCAGGAAUUUUUUCUUCUGUUAAUGUUGGGUUUUGUGUGAUUUAAUCCAUCAGUGUUUGUGGCCCAUGAAAAGAAAAUUCUAUUGAACUUCCCAUAGAGACAGCUGGGCAGUUUCUGUACUAAUCACUGGGAACACUGGCUCAGGAGGUUUUAAACAGUUACUGUUAGCACCUCGGAACAAAGCAAGUCAGGACACAGCGAAUAGGCAGAAAAGAUCUCCUUUCUCUGAGAAAACCAGCUCUGCACUUUCUUCCUCCUUCAGAGGCAUCUCAAGAACCACCUCAGCCUCAGGUUAUUCACAGCUGCACAGUUUUUUCAUAGAACAAUUCGAACUUUACUUAAAGGAGGAUGGAAAGGACCUUAAAAAUUAUAAAAAAUUGUAAGUAUCCACAGACUUACCUCUACACUCAGAAAGCAGUAGGUGACUGUACAGGCACCCAGGUGUCUUUACAGACCAGUCUUUUUCCUUUAAGCGCUGAAGAAAACCCCCCAAAAAACCAAGAAGAACAAAAAAAAAAAAAACCAGGAAAUGCUACCUUUUCUCUGGAAAAGGCCCUAGGCAUGCUAGAAGACAUGCAAAUGCCAGUUUUUGGACGAUUACUCAACACAAUGCUGUGAAUGUUUAUAGACAGAAUAUUGAAGAACUUGUUCCACAUGCAAUUCACAUUCAGAAGCUGAUAGUAAUACUGCUAUUUAUUUCUAGUGACACAGUUCCCAGCAACUGCUUGUGUUUUGUUUAGCAUUAAGAAGGCCAGGAAAUAAUAGUUCUUUAGCUUAUGUGGCCUUCUGCAAUGUAAUUAACAUUAUUUUCACUUCAGAGCACAUUUCCUAAUUCUAAUUUUCUAAUUUUUUGUCUGUCAUCAAUUUUUCACUCUAAGUUUUACCUAGCUUUAAAAUAAAGUCCUUUCAAGUUCCCCUACAACUGAUAUUACUUGGAAUACUGCAAUUCCUCCUGAGAGUUUUACUCUCCUAAUAAAUGGCAGAAUUCACAAGUAAAGGAAUUGCUUGUUUUUUCUCCCUUAAGCCCCACAGAAAUAAUGUAUAAAGUAUUCAGCCAAUUCAUAGAGUUACCAAGAAAGAAAUCUAAACAAUACUUAACCAGAAGCAGCUGCAAUGGAAAAUGCUGUGCACUUGGCUGAAGAUAAGUUUUGUAGGAAACAAAAAGAGAUCAUAGCUAGCAGAAACUAAGAACAGAAGCUUUCCUUGGUAGCAAUGUGCAGCUGUUGCCAAUAUACUUGAGUGAAGUACAGGCAUGGAGAGGUUUUCUAAGUUAACAGGUGCUUCUUGUUGUCUAAGGGGGCAACAAGACAAUUAGGGGACUAUAAAAAUGUAGCCCAGUUAGUAGGAAGAAUAGGAGAUAAAACAGUGAAGGAAUAAAUAUGGAAAAUUAGGAAAAUAAGCAAGGGAAAAAUGUGCUUAUCCUGUUCUUUUGAAAGCAUUUUGGAUUUUUGCUGCCCUGGGAGGAAGACCAGGCACUGCUACCUCUUUUUCUCUCUGCAAGUCUGGAAGAUUUCAGCUUUGAGCUAAACCUACCUUGGAGGUAGAUUGGACACUCUUGAAUCUGUAAGAGCUGGGCUGGUCUGUGCUGCAGCCCAGAAUGCUUCCCUCUAUUGCCUCUCAGUGUAGUGCUGGCUGCAGCUGUUCAUCACUGGCUGAAAAAAUGGUGGUGCUGCUGCCAUUUCCUUGGCUGCCAGGGGGAGCUUUAGCUCAUACCCCUGGGACCUUCCAGUCUUGCUUCCUGACCUGCUUUUCUAGUGGUAACUAUUGGUGAGUUGUAAGAGAGGCAUGUUAUAGAAUUUCCUUAUAAGAUUCCCUGUCAAUAUUUCUUACUGAUGAGACCACCAGGAGUUCACUGAGAGGUCUGCUAUGCUAAUUGGAUUUCAUAAAUAAAAAUGCCACAGCAGUAAGGUAAAUUUUAAACUUUGAAAUGAAUUAACUUUUCUCAUAUCUGUUUCACACCAAUAAAAUAUGGCACACAAGGUCCAGAGCUUCUUUGCAGGUUUCUUUGGAAAAAGCAUCUCUUGAGGAUUUAUUCUUGAUUCUUCAUAGAUCCGCAGAUCCGUCUGUUUUUUUGAAUUUUGUUUUAAUCUGUUAUUGUACACAGACAUCUCCAAUUUAAUACUGCUCUCUUCUCCAAAGAGAACAAAAACCAAGUAAAGAAAUUGACAGCAAUCAUGGAUGAGAUUUCCAAGGCUACUCAAAGAAAGUAGAUGCCAGUCUAACUCUUUAAUUAAUGGAAUAAUGAUGUAGUAUGAGUUUUUGCACACUAGUUUUAUAAUAGAUGUCCUGGAUUAUUCUUUUAGGUACUAAAUCCCAAUUGUUCUGAACAAAUCCUAAGCUAAAUAAAAUAACACCUCCCUCAAGAAGGAGAUACCUAAAAGUUGUUUUUAAUACAGAGAUUCAUUUUCAGGCUGAGUAGAAACUACUUCAAAAAACCAAAUUCAGAUGGAGAAUUUCCACUAGAUUUCAGUUAACUUGAAUCAAAUUAAACCUAUUUCUUGGCUGAGGUGAGGCAGUAUUAAUUCACUGACUACAGUAAAAGACUUCAGUUUUGUAUGAACUAGGAAUCCACUUCUGCUCAGACUUCCUUUGAAACACCAGAAACCUGAAUAUUGAGCAUCAAUGGAGUUACACCACAUUACACUGCAGUCUAAAUUCUUCCAUUUACCACAACACAAACCUGGUAGACUGUGGUAGUUUACAGUGGGAGAAGCUUUUCUCUUUCUAUUAGUAAAUUCGUUUCCAUAAUUUACAGGUCAGAGUUUAUUUUUCAAUGAUGUUCAGGGACUGGCUUUCUUUUCUGUCUUAGUGUGGCUUUGCUUUAGAUUCAUUUUUCCCUUCCCAAGAGGAGGGGGUAAGUGACCCCUGUGAAAUGUGUGCCUGGCCAGCUAUCAAUUGCAGAAUGAGGUGUUUGCACUUGACCAGAUGCUUGCUUUGUGUUUUCUGAGAUGAAUCUCCUGGAUACAUACUGUCAGAUGAUAAUGAUGCAUAAUUGAUUUUUAUAGCUAAUUUCUUGCCAUGCAAGUGCUGAGUGAAAGCAUCUCUUUAAAUAUUUGUUUACUGCUAGUGAUUAAUCCUGUAGCUUGUAUAUUUACAUGAUGGCCCAUAGCUAAUGCAAAUUUUCUACUAGGCUGGAGCCUUCAGUGGGUUUGGGUUCUUCUCUCUUGGAAUUUCUUCCAGUAUUUUUAAAUGAAGGUAACUUUUUAUGGUAUCUUUAUUAUACAACAAUAAGUGACUUUUCUUAUGGAAGAGAAAUAACUUCAAAAGAGACUGGACAUUUAGUUUGGUCCUAUUUGUGUCCUUGUGAUGUACGUACAAAGACAACACUUGGCAUGUUAAUGUCUCCUUUAAAGUUUAGCUGCCAUUUCUCCGCCGUUCUCAGUUUUAAUGAGAACUGUGGGUGGGAGAAGGUCCCAAGCUCACAAGCCAUGGAGAGAAAAGAGAGAAGGCAGGACUGGUUUAUUCUGUACAGAUUUCCAUAUAACAGCAGGCAAAGCUUGGAUUAAGUACUUCCUGAGAUGCACAGGUUUUCCUGCUUACCAUUUUCCUGCUUACCCUCAUACAACAGCAGUAGGAAGCAAUUCCUAGUGCGUAAGAAAAAAGCCCAGAAGUUGUUCAGUAAGUAACAUUACAGAGCACCAGGAGUGAUAUAGAAGGAGUGUGGAUCAAGAACACAGUAAAGACAUAUUGUCUGUAUGGGUGUGUAGAUUUGGAGUGAUUGCAAAUUCUUGUUUGGUAGGAGUUAAUUCUUUUAAUGACGUGAUUGUUGUCAUUAAUGGUCAAUACAUGUGAAGACGUGGCCAAGAGUAAUGCACCUUCUAUUCCACAAGCUGGUGGAGCACGGACUGCCUGAAAGGAAAAUCUGACAUAGUUGUCUUAGAAAAAAGUUACUAGCUAUUCUUGUAAUUUAUUUGGGGCAGAAAAUUGUAAAAUGCAUAAUGCAUAUCAGGAUUUACAAAUGUAGAAACCAUGUACUGCUUACCACAUAAAGUAUGAUGAGUUUGCCAGUGUAAUUUUCACAGCACUUAAAAACUCAGUGAAGAAUAAAAGUAUCCCUGGUUAUUCUGCUCUCCUGUAGGAAAUGUCAACUUUAUAAACAAGAAAAUAUCUUCCCAUCCAGGAAUUUAAUCUUAAUAAUGGACUACAGCAAGUAAUUUCUGAGAGCUGUACAGUGAACACUGCACUGCAAUUAGUAAGAUAGCCUGUCUGUUCUGGAUUCUCAGUCUUUUUGCUCAUGAUAGCCAGAUGCUAAUGUGAAAUAUGUUUUUAGGAGCUCAUUCAAAUCCAAUGUAAUGAAGAAGUGUUAAAGUAUAUGUUUCAUUAUCAUUUUUACUGUUGACAUUUUCUCUCAAGGAAUCCAAG